CGCACUGCCUCGGAGGGCUGCAAUGGGAAGGCUGAGAGCUGGCAGCAGGAGGACCGGGGAGCCGUGCCAUGACAGUGAGCCGCCGCUGUCCACUGACAGCUCGGAGCCCCGUCCACACUGCGAGAUGCUGCCCUGGAAGAAGAACAAGUUCGAUCUGAUCGAGGAGGACUGCAAGCAGAGCAAGCAGAAAGGCUAUGCAGUGAGCCUCAACUACAGCGCCCUCACCUCCUUCGCCAAGUCCUGCCCGGAGGGGGCACUCACCAGGGUGGGCAGCAUGUUCAAGUCCAAGAGGAAGAAGAUCAAGAUCACCGGGGAGGACCCCACCUACACCGUGCUGUACCUGGGCAAUGCCACCACCCUGCAGUCCAAGGGAGAAGGCUGCACCGACCUGGCCGUGUGCAAGAUCUGGAGCAAGAGCGAGAUGGGCAAGCACGGCACCAAGAUGAAGCUGACGGUCAGCUCUCAGGGCAUCCGCAUGGUGCAUGUGGAGGACAAAGCCAAGCGGCCCGGGCACCUGUACCUGCUGCACCGGGUCACCUACUGCGUGGCGGACCCGCGGCUGCCCAAGAUCUUCGCCUGGAUCUACCGGCACGAGAUGAAGCACAAGGCGGUGAUGCUGCGCUGCCACGCCGUGCUGGUGUCCAAGCCGGAGAAAGCCAAAGCCAUGGCACUGCUGCUGUACCAGACCUCUGCCAACGCCCUGGCAGAGUUCAAGAGACUGAAGCGGAGGGAGGACGCCCGGCACCAGCAGCAGCAGCUGAUCGGGGAGCAGAACAUCCCCCUCGUCCCUCUGCGAAAGCUGCUGAACGGCCAGUGCUGCUACAAGCCCCCGGUGGAGAGGAGCCGCAGCGCCCCCAAGCUGGGCUCCAUCACCGAGGACCUGCAGGGCGAGGAGGAAGAGGAGCGGGCCAUGAGCUUCGAGUGCGAGGACGUGCUGGACACCGGGGGAGGGGGCGGCGGGCGCGACGCCAAGCACGAGCUGUCCCAGCUCAUCAGUGACCUGGGGGAGAUGAGCCUGGGCAACGACCUGCAGACGCUGCGGGCGGACCUGAGGGUGACCCGGCUGCUGUCCGGGGAGAGCACGGGCAGCGAGUCCUCCAUAGAGAGCAACCACGACAGCGGGCCCGUCAGCAACGGCUUCGAGGAGUGCAGAGAGCCGGAGACGGCGUGAAGGGGUUAAUGCACUGUACAUCGCCCCACCCUGCGGUCCUAUUCCUCCGCUGCUGAGGGAAGGCAGGGGUUAAAUAUCCCCCUGGGGGUCACCCACUUCUCGGGGUCUUCUGCUCCGCUCUGACUAUGGAUGGGGUCGGUUUGAAGCCUAUUUAAGUAUUGAAUGUCUGCUUGUAAAGGGUUAAUACAUGCAUGGAUCGGGCCCUCGAAUGUUAAGAAGGUGACCCUUUAUUUGAUUCUGCUGGGAUGUCCCUAGUAAAGGUGGCGCGUGCCCGCCUGGUGGUCAGAGGGGAGCUCUUAGCACCUUAUGUCCAGAUCAGUAUUACCCGUAGGUUCUCCCCGCUCUUCCAUCCUCCAUCUGGUAUUUACCUGUAGUGGCGCCAUGUCUGGGCACAUCACUUUACCCGGCCCUUUGUAUGGGCAGAUACUCUCCCCCGCCUCCUGUAAUAUUUAUUAGAGUAUUUGCUCAUAUAGAUGACGGCAGGUAAUGAAUGUCCAAUGUAAAGAAGAACCCCGGAGGUCUCCGACUUGCUGGAUUUGGGUCAUGGCAAAGCGGAACCCGGGAGACUUUCAGCUUUUGCCUAUUAUUGCAUAUUAACAAUAAUCCCCAAAUUCACCUAAGGGCCAGAUAAAGUCUGCCAUGGUGACGCUCUAGUCCACGGCCAUAGAUGGUCCAGGAGUGGUAUCUAUCAGUAUGUAUUAUGGAAGGGGUCCGUACCCGGGUGCAGAGCUGGCACGGCUGGACCAGGUCCUUUAUGUCUCUUUCCACUUCCUCUUUUGUUCUGGCCCGGGCAAUGUUUGCACAUGUCAUUAGGGUGGGGUGAGGCACAGAUGUAUUGCCAGUCUGCUCUGGUACCAGGUACACUAAUUUGACAUUUCGCAGUCCAAUGAUGGCAUCGCCCGUCUCUGCAGCAGCACCCAGUCCACCAGUGUAUGGAUGAGCAGAUGGCAUCAGAUGGUUACUUCCAGAACACAAGUUUUCUGUUGGUGCCGCACAACAGGCCAGUUUUCUAUCGUGCCAGCCUUGCCAUUCUGAGGUUGCGAUUAGCAUUUACCUGAAGAAUGCUUUAGUGUUUGGUUAUUUAACAAUUAGAGGCAUUCCUCGUUAUAAAGACGUCUUGGCGAUACCAAAAAGCUGCAUUUACAACGCUGGCACUUUAAAAAUAGCAGAGCUAAGUGUGUCGUCACUCCUAGCCCAAGCCAAUGGGCAAAUGCUUAGUACACAUCAUAAAAUAUAAAUGCCAGUCUUGGCUCUGCUACCUUUGGGUGAAUUCUGUGCAUUUUACGUCUUGAAAGAUGAUCUUCUGGGAGAUGCAGCCUCUCUGGGGAUGACUGGUUUAGUGGCAGGCACCAAGGUAUUCCAAGUGGCACUGAAGGUCGCAUGCCACAGCUUUUAACCCCCCCCCCCCUCCUCCCUCCUGUUAAAUAGCACCUGUUAGCAGGAUCCACACUAUUAAACCAUACUGCCUAUUAGGGUUGAUCCUGCUGAACAAAAUGAUGCAUGUCUUGAGAAAAUCGGUUACGUCUUUCCUGAGGGGAAAAAGACUCACAUUUUUCAUGCAGAUGAGGGCUUCCGUGUACCAAGGGGUGUGGCCAGAGCUAGGAAAUUGAGGGGGCUAGGACACACCCCUUGGUUCACUUAUGACCUCAUUUGCAUAAAGGAAAUAAAUAUAUAUAUAUAUAUAUAUAUAUAUAUAUAUAUAUAUAUAUAUAUAUAUAUAUAUAUAUAUAUAUAUAUAUAUAUAUUAUUCCUCAGGAAGGACACAGCUGAUUUUCACAAGACAGGUAGUGUUUUAAUCACCAGGAUCAACCCUACGUCUGGUUUAAAGGGAACUUGGUCAGGUUGAACACUGUCUGAGCAUGUCGUAGAGCAGGAGGAGCUGAGCAGAUUGCUAGAUUUAUGGGAAAAGAUUCAGUAAAAUUAUAAAUUUUUCCUUUUACAUCCGUGCUGGUUCUGGGCUUUGCAGUCCAGGAGGCGGUCCUAUCUGUAUACACAAUCAUGGUAGGAAGGCUGUCAAUUACCCAUAGGGCCGCCUCCUGGACGUCAAAGCUCAGAAUCGGCAUGGAUAUAAAUGACUGAAAUACAAGUUAUACUGAAUGUUCUCCCACAAACCUAUAUAUCAAUCUGCUCAGCUCCUCCUGCUCCAUAACAUGCUGCCUGCAGAUUAUACUGCAUUUUAAUGGUGAUGGGUUCCCUUUUUAAUAGGGUUGAUCCUGCUGACGAGACCUCUUUUAACAACCUUGUUCACAGUUUUCACUUGCCUGCCAAAUAGGUAUUUUUCUUCCAUCAUACCUCAGUCACCCACCUGCCAAAACUCCACAGUGGAAUGGAGGGUUGGUCCACUUGUAUGUUUACACACCGCCCACUGGGAUACUUCUGUCAUUACAUUCCAUGAUGGUUUUUGUAAUACUUGCACUGUCGUGAAGUACUUUUCCAGUGUUUCAGAGAUGUAAAUACGUAUAUAUUUUGUACAUAAUGGUCACACAAUUCUAAAUGUUAUCUUUGCUGUGCAAAAGACAAAUCUGUGGUUGGUCACUUGUACAUAUGUUGUGUAUAUAGUUAUUUUUCUUUGUUAUUUUUUAAAGGACAUCACUGUUACGAUGUUUGUUUGCACACCUGAAAAAAGAAAUAAAAGGAAAUAAUUUAAGAUUA